CCCUGCUGCCGGGUGGGUCGGGACGCCAGACAUUCUGUGCCCCGGCGGAGUUAGGGGCACUGAUGCAGUUUCUGCUCGGUGACCAUGGCGGUGUUUCACGACGAAGUGGAGAUCGAGGACUUUCAAUAUGACGAGGACUCGGAGACUUAUUUCUACCCCUGUCCCUGUGGGGAUAACUUCUCCAUCACCAAGGAAGACUUGGAGAAUGGAGAAGACGUGGCCACGUGUCCUAGCUGCUCUCUCAUUAUAAAAGUGAUUUAUGACAAAGAUCAGUUUAUGUCUGGAGAAACAGUCCCAGCACCUUCAACCAACAAAGAGUUAGUUAAAUGCUGAAGAAGCCCUCAGGGACCCAUAUUCUGGGCAGCAGGCAAUGAGCCCAGGUGAACGGAUCAAGUGCUGAGUGAGCCCCCUCUCUCUCCACAGGACAGCUCUCUGGGGCUUGCUCUUCCGUGGGUGGGCAUCAUCAUCAGCUGCUGAAUUCUUCAUAAGAAAUGAGCCCGUGACAUCAGCCCUGCAUUUCGUGCUUACACAACAUUGGAAGGAUUCCUAAUUGUCCAUCUGAAUUUAAAGGAAGAGCCUUAUGAACUGGCACUUUUUCUUUCUCCUGGUUACACCAUUUGAACAUCUUAAAACUAACUCAUUUUUCUAAAAACAACAUCAUCCACUUCAAUCCUGAGGCUUUUUAUUUUUUUUAAAGAUUUACUGUUUUAUUUUUAGUGUGUGUGUGUGUGUGUGUUCAUUUGUGUCGGGGCAUGUGUGUGUUGAGUGCACCUGCUCAGGAAUGCUGGAGGUAUCGGAUCUCCUGGAACAGGAGUCACAAAUGGUUGUGAGCCACCGACAUGGGUGCUGGGACCCAGACUUGGGUCCUUGGAAAGCACUACACGGUCUCAAUCUCUGAGCCAUCUUUGUAGCCUGCAGGCUCCUUAUUUUAAAAGAUUACAUUUUGAUGGAGCUGCGGAGCUGAUUCGGAUGAGGCCUUUCUCUGUCAUUUGCUUUGUUGGAAACCUAGGGGAAUCUGUGCCUUUCCUGCUGCUGCGCUCUGGCUCCUUUGGCAGCCAGCUGCCCUGACCUUGCUGAGACUGCAUUGUUCGUGUUUGCAGUCAUUCCUGCUGCUCUUCAUGCACAGAGUUCAGUCAUGGUAUUGACUGUGAGGCCACGGUUUCUCUGUAGCUUCCAGUUAGUGACUGAGGAGGGGCAAGCUAGAGGGAAAUGGUAAAAGGAACAGCUCCUGAUACUUGGUGCAUCCCUUACGUUAGGACAGCCACAUGGAGGAAAACUGUGAGGCGUGAAGUCUGCCAACUUGGCAAAUGAAAGUACAUGAAUAAUUGUUCCAGGCUGGAGCAAGUGUUUCUGUAUCUGGGCCUUUAUUUCUGGAGAUGACUGAGGGACCGCAUUUCAGACGGGUUAGCUUGAGUCUUCACAUAGCAGCAGUUGUAACAUGUCACAGCCUGUGUGACCGCUAGUCCUCAUAAGUGACACCUCCACAGCAGAGCGUGAGGGCACGCCUAAUAAGCCUGCACAUGAUGAGAAGGAGAAACGAGAAAAACUUCCCUCGCUACGGUCUGAGAGUUUCUGUAAACACAGCUUUGUUGUGAAUGCAUAGACUUGAAAGUGCACUGGUGUCCAGCAGAUUGGGGCAUGACUCCCACAACUGAAAAAGCCAGUAGGGACAGGAGAGAAGGCUCAUGGGUGGGUUAAGAGCACAGGCCCAAGAGGACCUGUGUUCAGUUCCCAGCACUCGCAUAGUUCACAGCUGUCUGUUACUCCAGUUCCUGGGGUUCUCAUGCUUUCUUCUGACCUCUGUGGACACCAGGCAUGCAUGUGAUACACAGACAAAACACCUAUACAACUAAAUAAAAUUCUCUUUUAAAAAGAAAAUAGCCAAUAAAUAUGUUGUACCCACUCAAUGGAGGCUUAAAUUAAAAUAUGUAUCCAGUGAGUUUUUUUAACCAGUGAGUAAUGUACAGUUCUAGGUAGCCAUUAGGCUGAGACAGAGUAAGUUAAAAGCUUCCAGAAGUGUGUUGUACAUCUUAUGUUACAUUUCUUUGUUUUUUGUUAGAGGUGGGGAUGUGUUGAACCUCAAGCCUUGCACGUACUCGGCAGGUGCUCUAGUCCUGGUUUGGAUCUCCAGCCGGCACAUCUUUAACAGGAUAGGAAAUCUUACCGCUCUUUGAUGCUCCCCAAGUGAUCUUAGGAAGCAAAGCCACUGCUCAGAUGGACAGAGCAGGGUACUGGUGAGCAUGAGCUACACGGAGACUGUCCUGUGCUCAGAUCAGUGGUUGUGGAAAUUCCACUAACAGACUUUCUCAGCUGUGAACACAGUGUAGCAGAACAGUGUCUGAUUUGAGACACCUCAGGAGAGAAAAGCAUGAGCAGACUGCCGGCCAGUGAUUGGUUGAAGUGGGUGUGGUUUUGUCCUUGAAGCAACUGAGCAAGUCUGAAAACUACCAAAGGAAUACCAGCUAUUAGUCCUGUAUUAAACAGAAAAAACUAAGGCUAUUCAGAUAUGACUGGACUCCCAAACAUUUCCGAAGCUCCGUAAGUGGACCAGCUGUGUCUUGAGCUCUGUAGGCUUCGCCAGUGCCUACAGAUUUCUAGUCUGUGCAGUUAGGAUAGUCAGGUGAUCUCUCAGCCAUCAGUUCUCAUUGCCAGGACUCAAACCUUUAUAAACUCCGAAGCAUCAUGAAUCACAGCCGAUGGAAGCUCCACUCUUCUCCCAUAGCAUUAUACUUGAGAGCUUGAAAAGUUUUAAGUCAAGCCAGGCGGUGGUGGCGCACACCUUUAAUCCCAGCACUCGGGAGGCAGAGGCAGGUACAUCUCUGUGAGUUUGAGGCCAGCCUGGUCUACAAGAGCUAGUUCCAGGACAGGCUACAGAGAAACCUUGUCUUGAAAAAAACAAAACAAAAAAAUGUUUUAAAUCAGUUUUUCAAAGGAUUCUGCACAUAUGUUUGCAACACAUAUACAGUCAACAAUUUUUUAGAUUUGUAUAUAUUAAUUAGAAUGACAUAUUGCUAGGCUA